UGUGUUCCCGCGACGCGUUCAUUCAGAUUAAACCCUAUAUGCAAGGUUGAUUCGAGCGUGGAGAUCCCAUCCAAGAAGUCGAGCCUGUCGGCUUUGGAGAUGCUCAAGAGCUCCGCUGCUACUCAAAAAGAGCUCACUCUAACGUGUUUGAUCUAUCCUCGGAGUAGAAUCGAUAUCGAGAAGCUUACGCCUUUGCCGGAGGAUCGUGCCUUUGAUAAUCCCACUUUUCAUGCCGCAGAUCCGGUACCUUCGUGGAGACUUAACCUUCCGGCGGCCCUCACCCUUCGGGCUCGUGUCCGGGUCUGCCGGCCUUUUCUUCUUCUCCUCCUCCGUCUCUUGGGGCUUAGACGGGAAGUGGCCGCUGGCGGAUGUCCCCUCUGGAUUUGGGCUUUUGGGGCUUCUGCUGGUUUUGUGGUGAGAAGAAGCCGGUGGGGUUUCGGGGCGUGGUAUUUGGCCAGCUUAUGCUCUAGUGUGGGUCUAGCUAGCCGUCACCGGCUCUCGGUGAAGGGAGUGGUUAGAUCUGCGAAGGGGUGUGGGAUUGGCUCGGGAGGAGUGAGGCGGCUGUUGGAGGAGGUCGGGGCUUCGUGUUCUCUGUCUCCCUGCAUAUUGGUGCCAAUGGUCCCCGGGCUGCGGAAGCUAAUUGUAGUGGUGGAGAGGACUGUUGGUUCUGAUUUCUCGGAUAUAUCGGUGGUGGUCGCUCAAGGGAGACUUCAGUUCUUCGGUCCGGGUUGA